ACCUGAUAUGAUUGAUUGGUGCUAUUUUCAGAAUGUUCUUUUAUUGACAAAUAGAUACCAAAAAAGGUCAAAUGCUUUUCUUUGUCCCGGACCCAACGGACUGAAGCUCGAAACAGUGACUAACACCUCAGGCCACUUGCGUGUAAAGACUGGUAAGACCGUGCUCACUCGUUGCCCGCCACCAGUGGACGCUACCAGUGGACGUCUGCUAGAGCCGGCUUCAUAGAGUCUGAAAUAAUGCGGAAACACUCCAGCGAUCGGUAGCACCAAAGACCCUAGAGGGCACUUUAAGACUCCCCAGAAGUUGUCCGCUGCCUCUGUAAGAGGAACCGAACACCUUUCCGGACCCCAGAAGUAAAGGGUCAUUUACCUUGGGCCUAGCCUUGCUGUUUGAUCUUUUCUUUGAGAGUUCCUGGUGUUGGGCGCCCCUCUUCCCGCCUGCCUUGCCGAAGGAACUACAUUACCCAGAAAGGCUUGCGUUGAGCGGCAGCCGCAGUAGUCCAAUGAAAACCCAGAAAUGGGACACUUCCGGCAGGGCAAUCAGCCUUGAGGCGGGACUUCCGUCGUUUCCGUGGCGGUCAUUUUAGCGGUUCUGGGGUCUUCGGGCUUGGUCAGUGGAUCCUGAACACCGGUUGCGACCCAGGCGACGGAUAGAGAAGGCAUAAAAGGAGGCUUUGUCUCCGCUGUAGGAAGGUGGGUUUGGGGUCGGGGACUUCGCCGCCUGCGAGGAUCGCCUGGAGACCUCGGUGUCCGCGACUGCCGGGGCCGCUCAGCUGUCAUCACUUCGCUCCCCCGAGAGGCUCCGAUGGCGGCGGCCGCGCCCAGGGACCCGGCUGAGGUUUCCAUGGUUGCAGAAGUGCUUUUGGAACCUACACAGGGAAGUGUGACUUUUGAAGACGUGGCCCUCUAUUUCUCCUGGGAGGAAUGGGAUCUCCUAGACGAGGAUCAGAGAUGCCUGUACCAUGAUGUGAUGCUAGAGAACUUUGCACUCACAUCCUCACUAGAUGCCAACCUUCAGCAGUACCGGGGGCAGCGCACUGGAGAGAUACCCUUCAGAAAUUCUGUGGACAGAGCCUCAUUUAUAAAGAACUAUACAGUCCAGGUGUCAGGGAAGCCCUUUACCUGUGAGGAGACAGGGAAGGACUUCUUAGCCAGCAUGGGAUUUCUCCAACAACAGGUCACUCACACUGGGGAGAAGCUGAACAAUGAGUGUAAGGCUGUCUUUCACAGUGGUAAAAGUCAUCACAACUGUGGAGAAUGCAAGAAAGCCUUCAGCUGCGCAGACACACUUGCUCAGGACCAGAGAGUUAUCAGUAGAGAAGGACUCUAUGAGUGUGGCAAAUGUGGAAAAGCCUGUACCCGAAGAUGUAACCUCAUUCAGCACCAGAAAGUCCACACUGGAGAAAGACCUUAUGAGUGCAAUGAAUGUGGAAAAUUCUUCACCUAUUACUCCAGUUUCAUUAUACAUCGGAGAGUUCACACUGGAGAAAGGCCCUACGAGUGCAAUGAAUGUGGGAAAUCCUUUAGCCAAAGCUACAGCCUCAAUAGCCAUAGGAAAGUUCACACUGGAGAGAAGCCUUAUGAGUGCAGGGAAUGUGGAAAAUCUUUCAGCCAAAGGUCCAACCUCAUUCAACAUCAGAGAGUUCACACUGGAGAAAGGCCUUAUGAGUGCAGUGAAUGUGGGAAGUCCUUUAGCCAAAACUUCAGUCUCAUUUACCACAGGAGAGUUCACACUGGAGAAAGGCCUCAUCAAUGCAGUGAAUGUGGGAAAUCCUUCAGCCGAAGCUCCAGCCUCAUUCACCACAGGAGACUUCACACUGGAGAAAGGCCUUAUGAGUGCAGUAAAUGUGGGAAAUCCUUUAAGCAAAGCUCCAGCUUCAGUUCACAUCGUAAAGUCCACACAGGAGAGAGGCCUUAUGAGUGUGGGGAAUGUGGAAAAUCCUUUAGCCAUAGCUCCAACCUCAAGAACCACUGGAGAGUUCACACUGGAGAAAGGCCUAUUGAGUGCAGUGAAUGUGGAAAGUCCUUUAGCUGCAAAUCUAACCUCGUUAAACACCUGAGAGUUCACACAGGCGAAAGGCCUUAUGAGUGUGGGGAAUGCGGAAAAUCCUUUAGCCAAAGCUCCAGCCUCAUUCAGCACCGGAGAGUUCACACUGGAAAGAGAUCUACUGAGUGCAGAAAAUGCGGGAAAUCCUUUAGCUCCAAAUCUGACCUCCUUCAACACCAGAGACUUCAUACUAGAGAAAGGCCAUACAGAUGUGAAAAGUGUCCUAGGUUCUUCAGGUAUCUCUCUCAGCUACAAGCCCAUCAGAGAAGACAUAAGAACGAGAGGACAUUUACUUGUGCUGAGUGUGACAAAGGCUUCUUCCAAGCGUCAGACCUACACGUGCAUCAGAAGAUUCAUGCAGGAGAGAAGCCUUUCACGUGCAGCACGUGUGAAAAAUCCUUCAGCCACAAAACCAACCUUCUGGCCCAUGAGAGAAUCCACACAGGAGAGAAGCCCUACGAAUGUUGUGAAUGUGGGAAAUCUUUUAGCAAGAGCUACAGCCUCAGGGACCACUGGAGAGUGCACACUGGGGAAAAGCCUUACGAGUGUGGGGAAUGUGGGAGGUCGUUUCGGCAGAGCUCUAGCCUCAUUCGGCACCGGAGAGUUCACACUGGAGCAAGGCCUCAUGAGUGUGACGAAUGUGGCAAAUUAUUUGGCAACAAGUCUAACCUCAUUAAACAUCGGAGAAUUCACACUGGAGAACGGCCGUAUGAAUGUAGUGAAUGUGGGAAAUCCUUCAGCGAAAGCUCUGCGCUCCUUCAACACCGCAGUGUUCACACGGGAGAAAGGCCUUAUGAGUGCAGCGAGUGUGGAAAAUUCUUUUCCUACCACUCCAGUCUCAUAAAACACCAGAGAGUUCACUCAGGAUCAAGGCCCUAUGAGUGCAGUGAAUGUGGAAAAUCCUUUACUCAAAACUCCAGCCUCAUCGAACACCGUAGAGUUCAUAGUGGAGAAAGGCCUUAUAAGUGCAGCGAAUGUGAGAAAUCUUUUAGCCAAAGCUCUGCACUGCUUCAACAUCGGAGAGUUCACACUGGAGAAAGGCCUUAUGAGUGCAGUGAAUGUGGGAAAUUCUUUACUUACAGUUCUAGUCUCCUCAGACACCAGAGAGUACACACUGGAUCAAGGCCUUAUGAGUGCACUGAGUGUGGGAUAUCCUUCACUCAAAACUCCAGUCUCAUUAAGCACAGGAGAAUUCACACUGGAGAAAGACCUUACGAGUGCAGGGAGUGUGGGAAAUCCUUUAGCCAUAGUUCUAGCCUCAUUAAGCACAGAAAAGUACACGCUGGAGAAAGAUGUUAUAUGUGCAGUGAAUGUGGGAAAUCUUUUAGCCAUAACUCUAGCCUUAUUAAACACCAGAGAGUUCACACAGGAGAAAGACCUUAUGAGUGUGGGGAAUGUGGAAAAUCCUUUAGCCAGAGCUCCAACCUCUUUCAGCAUCGGAGAGUUCAUACUGGAGAAAGGCCUUAUGAGUGCAGUGAAUGUGGGAAAUCUUUCAGCCAAAGCUACAGCCUCAAUAACCAUCGGAAGGUUCACACUGGAGAAAGGCCAUUUGAGUGUGGAGAAUGUGGCAAAUCCUUCAGUCAAAGAUCCAACCUCAUUCAACAUCAGAGAAUUCACACUGGAGAAAAGCCCUAUGAGUGCAGUGAAUGUGGGAAGUCCUUUAAUCAAAGCUCUGCGCUCCUGCAGCACCAUACCGUUCAUACUGGAGAACGGCCCUAUGAGUGCAGUGAAUGUGGGAAAUCCUUUACCUACAAUUCCAGUCUUUUAAAACACCAGAAAGUCCACACGGGAUCAAAGCCUUACGAGUGCAGUGAAUGUAGGAAAUCUUUUAGCCAGAAUUGCAGUCUUGUUCUCCAUCUGAGAGUUCACACUGGAGAAAGGCCUUAUGAGUGCAGCAAAUGUGGAAAAUCUUUUAGCCAAAGCUCUGCACUCCUUAAGCACCAGAGAGUUCACACUGGAGAAAGGCCAUAUGAGUGCAGUGAGUGUGGGAAGUCCUUUAGGCGAAGCUCCAACUUCAGUGACCAUCGGAGAGUUCACACUGGAGAAAGGCCGUAUAAGUGUAACCAAUGUGGGAAAUCCUUCAGUAAGAGCUCUGGCCUCACUCGACACCAGAGAGUUCAUAGUGGAUUGGGCAUUAUAAAUAUGAGUGAGAAAGCCAUUAGCCGAAGCCCUUACCUCAUUGAUUACCACACAGUUCACAUGGGAAGUACAACUUAGAUAUGUACAACAUAUAUUUCCUUGUUCAGUAUAACAACAUCGAGGAGAUCUCUUUUGAGGGUACCAUCUGCCUGAAUUGAGCCUCAUACAUCCAGACAUCAAAAUAAAUUCCAGGUAUGUAGAACUGUGUUGCAUGUUUCAGCUCAGACCCAUGUGAGUUUUUAUUAUGUUGAUUCUGUAGCAGCAGCCGUUCACCUCUCCCCUGCGGGUGCCCGCAUUUGUGUCAUUUAGCCACAGUGACGUGUUCAGCAAAGUAAACCUUAGUGUUUUCCCAUUCCCUGGGUAAAUGUGAAAAGCCAGGGUACUCAUUCUUUUCUCUCUGAUUAGUUAGGGCAUGGAUGCCUCCGUUGUGUUCCAGAGGACUCCAUCUGCUGGUGGCCUGAAAAGUCAGCUUUUUUAGGGAUAUUAUUGGUCUGAUGACUCUUGUGAUGAAAUUUGCAGCCUCCAACUCACCAACCAAGGAACAGCCUUCCUGUGUAUUCUGGUUUAUGUUAUAAUAAAGGCCUUGUUGGUGUAAGACAACUUUAUCUUAAGGAUUAGAUUCACUUCAUGGGGUGGUUUCAGAAUGACAGGAGAAACAGGUGCUAUGGUUGCCCCAAUCUUUGUGUGCAUCAAGGGGAUGGAAGGAUGGUAGUUUUCUCUCUAAUUUGGCCCUUGUUUGCAUUGUUGCCCAAGGCUUCUAAGAAGAUUCUAUAAGGUUUUGUGGUUAGAUUGUAGCCUGGAUGCAGGAUGUUUCGUGGUGUCAGCACUUGCCCUGAAAAGAGGGCAGUUGUAACAACCUCUGAUACUUCUGGGGACAACAUAGAAUUGUUCUCUUGUUUGCAGGGGAUACUGCAUUGUGCCCAGCACUGGUGCAGGGAAUGUUCCUAGGCCCUGCAAAGGAGUGAUGUACUCUGAUGCCCAGAAUUCUGUGUGGUAGUGUCACUGGCUGAAAAAUGAUAGGGGGAUCAUAACUGUACACAAAUGGUGGAUUAACAGAGAGGCCAAGAGAACACGACAAACUGGUUAGAAUGUGCCUCUUUUAAAGGCUGCCUGCUGUUGUUCGGUCAGUAUGGCUGUGAAGGAUGAGCCAGUACAGAAAUUCUCAGAUCCUUCUGAACUAUGAAUCUUGUGUAGCUGAGGGCCUUAGAAAAAUCAUCUAAUGGGGGGCUCCUGGGUGGCUCAGUUGGUUAAGUGUCCGAUUCUUGGUUUCGACUCAGGUGAGGAUCUCAGGGUUAUAAGAUCAGGUCCUGGGUACAGAUCAAGCCUCAGUGCGGAGCCUGCUUGGGAUCCUCUCCCCUCUCCCUGUGCGUCCCCACACAUCCACAUUCUCUCACUUGCACGCCCUCUCUCUAGAAAGAAGUCUAACAGUUUUACAGAUUCCUGUAGCUUCUCUGCAAUGUGCACCUUAAGGUCAUUGCAACACAAGAAGGAAAACAAAGAUAGAAGGAAGGAGGAUCUCAGUCCAGCAGUGCAGGCUUUACACAGCUUGCUUUCCCGAUGACUCAGGUGGACAUGGCUUUCGUUGCUUUCCUGUAUUUGCUGCCACUGAGGCAAGGUGCUGAUCCCAGGGCAUUACAAGGGAUAUGGUGGGGUUUGCCAAACUUUUUUUUGAAAACUUUUUUUAUAUUGUAAUGCCUUUUCAGAAUAGUUAAUAAAUAAUAAAUUG